GGGGAACCCGACCACUUUGCAAGCAUGUGUGCGGAGUAUUGGCAGGCCAAGGCGCGAGGUGUUCCCUUUGUCCCGCCCCCACCCCCGGGCCAAUCGAGAAAUGGGAGAACCAUGGCGAUAGGCACAGAAAGGCGGAGUCACUCCGCAGACAGCGGAAUUACUAGAACGCAGAGCAAGGAGACCGACGCAAUGAUGCGCGAAUAUUUCGUGGAAAUGACUCGCGAACGAAGGGAGAGGCUAGAGAGGGAGGCAAGGGAAGCAGAGCUGAGGAGGGAGAAGGAAGCGAGAACCGAACGAGAACGACGGCGACAACAGAGGAUACUCGAAAGGAGGCAAUACGAAGAGGAUCGUGAUGAGCGAUUGCUAAGGAGGAUCCGCGGCGAAUUCCGAGAUAGUCAAGACGAUGAGGGAGAACGGAAGAAUAUUAGAGCGGGAAAAAGCACGAUUAGGCGUAAUGAGUACGGAGAGACAAAAGAAGAGGAGAAAGAACGGUUGUUACGAACGAUUGCUAGCCUGGAGCCAACAGGAGAAGAAGAAGAAGAUGACGCGGAGUUAGUAGAGUUAAGAAGAAGGGCGGCAGCCUUGAAGCUCGGCUUGGAGAAAAGGAAACGCCCGGUAGUUGAAUCACCCGUGGGAAACAGCCCCCCAAUGGUGACUCCAACUAAAGGGCAGCGGACUAGCCUGUCGAAGGAAGCUAAAACGAGGAUCGAGGAGAUUCAAGGAGCCGAUCCAGGAAAAGGGGCUGGCCCAUCGUCAGUGAAGAAGAAUAUCCUCGCCUCUCUGGAACCAACGGGUAAGCUUGGGAUUUCCCUCAAGCAUAUCACAGCAGGGGUGGGACCGGGUGCAAGAGAGAAGUACGAGACUGAGGUUAGGGACCUUUUUGAGGUACUCACGAUAGAUGAAUUGAAGGAGCAAUGCAAGCUGGAGAAGAUUGGCUACGGGAACCGUGAACUAGCGAUUAAACGUUUAGUAGGGAGAAGAGUCAUCAAAGUUUAUGAUCCGGUGAACGUUCCUUUGCCGGUGAACCCGAGGGCAUCAGAGCGACUGGGCAAGAGGAAUUCGACGCUGAAGAUACAGGAAGAUGUCGCGACGGACGACUCAUUGGCAGAUGAGUCAGACGAAGAGGAUGUGUGAAGGGGAGACAUUGGCGAACUGUGGCGAGAGGCCGCAGAGGUAGCGAAGGGUAGGAGAGCACGUGGGAGUCGUAACAAGCAUCUGGAUUAUCGCCUACGGAUUUUA